UACAGGGAGAGGGCAAAAGAGUUCAGUUUCAGGGAUUCUUGUGAAAGCCUAAAAUCGCUUGGCAUGCAUUUACUGUUUUAGCAUCUCAAGAACUUCCUUCCUUAAUAUCAUCGAAUCCGCUUUUGUUUUUGUUUUUAAUGAGUCUAUUAGGGUUUAAAUCCUUGGUGUAUCUUGGUGACUUCUGUUUGGGAGAACUCAACACUAUCCCUGUUCCCCCCUCCGAUUUCCAAUUCCCAAAUAACGAAAUCCGAAUCCACCACACCUCCCCUACCAGCGAACGAUGCAUUCCUCUUUCCGUUCUCCGUACCAUUUCCUCAUUCCCCCUUCGUUGCAAGCUCGAAUCCUCUUCUCCAGUCGAACAACCGCAUUUGAUUCAUCUUUACGCCUCUUGCUUUUAUGAAUUCAAGACGGCCGUGGUUUUGGUUGGAGAUGAGGAGGUUCACUUAGUGGCAAUGCCGAGUAAACAAAAGAAGUUUCCGUGCUUUUGGUGCUUCUCGGUUCCUACGGGACUGUACAAUUCCUGCUUAGGGAUGCUGAACUUAAGGUGUCUCGCAAUUGUUUUCGAUCUUGAUGAAACGCUGAUUGUUGCCAACACGAUGAAGUCGUUUGAGGAUAGGAUCGAAGCUCUUAGGAGUUGGAUGACAAGGGAGAGUGAUCCGAUUCGUCUCUCGGGGAUGUCGGCUGAAUUAAGAAGGUAUAUGGAUGAUCGCUUGCUCUUGAAGCAGUAUACGGAGAGUGAUUGUAUCGUUGAUAAUGGAAAAACGUUUAAAGCACAGAUGGAAGAGGUUCCACCUUUGUCUGAUGGCCAUGAAAAAGUUGUUCGGCCUGUGAUUAGGUUGCAAGACAGAAAUCUUGUCCUUACACGUAUCAAUCCUGAGAUACGCGAUACUAGCGUGCUUGUGAGGUUGCGUCCUGCAUGGGAGGAAUUGAGAAGCUAUUUGACUGCAAAAGGGCGAAAGCGCUUUGAAGUAUAUGUCUGUACUAUGGCUGAAAGGGAUUAUGCAUUAGAGAUGUGGAGGCUCCUUGAUCCUGGGUCACACCUGAUAGGCUCAAAACAACUACUGGAGCGAGUUGUCUGUGUCAAAUCUGGUUCUAGGAAAUCUUUGCUAAAUGUGUUCCGAGAUGGAAAGUGCCAUCCUCAGAUGGCAAUGGUAAUUGAUGAUCGUUCAAAGGUCUGGGAGGAUAAAGAUCAACCUCGAGUUCAUGUAGUUCCCCCAUUUGCUCCAUAUUAUGCUCCUCAGGCAGAGACAGCAAAUGCAGUUCCAGUCCUCUGUGUGGCAAGAAAUGUUGCAUGCAAUGCCAGGGGUUUGUUUUUCAAAGAGUUUGAUGAGAAUGUAUUGCUGAAAUUAUCUGAAGUUUUUUAUGAAGAUGAGGUGGCAAAUCUGCCUCAUGCCUCUGACGUGAGCAGCUAUUUGAUGUCUGUGGAAGCUAGCUUGGCUCCAAAUGGGAACAAUGGUGCUCCUAUCUGUGAAGGAAUGAAUGGAGUUGAUGUUGAACGGAGAAUGAACCAAUCGUUUAUUCAGGAGGACAAACAUGUUAUGGACUCUUCCACUCGGCCAAUUACAAAUAACGCCGAGUUGAGGAUGGAAACCUCUCAGCCACCUGUUACAGAAGUUGUUGGCCCUUUAUCUUCAAUAGCACAAUUGCCUUCUCAGAAACCUAGUUUACUUGGAGCUCCUUUUCUGCUUUCAAAUCCUAUGCCACUUGGAGCUUCAGUAAGACGAGAUAACAACAGUAGUGAUAGUGAUUAUGAUAUGAAGAGAAGAGCCCUUGGCACAAGACAGAAUUUAGACUUGAAGAGUCAGAGCUCAGUCCAACCUCCACUCCUACCGAAAUUUCCAGUACAAACAUCAUCAUCAGUUGUCUCACAGCGAGGUUGGUUGACUAACGAAGACAGCAAUGAAGCACAUUUAAAUGCUCGACCAUCAUGUACUGCACAAGAAUCUGAUGCAAUGAAAUCUAAUAAAUUGCGAGCUUAUCAGAAUCCAUUUUCUCAUACUGCACCAGGUUCCGUCUCUACUGGUUUACCAUCACAUGCGUCCCAAGUGAAGGUUGAAGAGGCACGUACUAGACUUGAUACACCAAAACAGAAUGUUCUGCGUACUGCUCAUGUAUUAGAGACAGGUGGAACUCAGAAUCCUGUGCCCUCUAUUAAUAGAGAAUUGCAAUCUGAAGGAAAAAUGAAUCUUCUACCCUCCCAUUUGUCAAUAGGUGUUUUACAAGAAAUUGGACGAAGAUGUGGUUCAAAGGUUGAGUUCAGGUCUGUUGUAAGCACCAGUAAGGAUUUGCAGUUUUCUGUUGAGGUUUUAUUCACUGGCGAGAAGAUUGGUGUUGGAAUGGGCAAGACAAGGAGGGAUGCUCAACAGCAAGCUGCUGAGCUUGCUCUGCAUAAUUUAGCAGAAAAAUAUGUAGCAUUUAUAGCACCUCGUUCGGGAGCUGUGGAUAGUGAUUUCGAUAGUCUCACUCUUGGAACUGAAAAUGGAUUUCUAUGGGACACGAGUCCUGCAUCAAAUGAAGCAAUAAUAGAGGACAGGUUACCUAAAGAUAAUACUUCUGAGGCUGCCGAUGUGGAACCUGGGAGUAAUUCGUCCAGUAUAGCAACUCAACCAGUUGAAAAGCGUGCCAAUUCACCAAGAUUAUCUGAAUCAGUGCCAAGCGAAUAAUCAAAGGAAGGAGUCCUGUGUUGAUUAGAAAGUCUAUCGUCAUCACGGCAACCGAAAAAUGAACCAUGAGAAGGUUUUGAGAUGACAUGAAUUUAGCAUAACAGACGUGAUGAGAUUACAACCUUUGAUUUUUUGAUAUCUUAUGAGGUGAAUAGAUCUGUCUCUCUCUCACACACACACACCAGGAAAUAUGGAGGCAAUGUUUAAUCAUUUUUUUUGACUCAUCAUUUCCUGCUAUGUGUCGUGUAUGAUCAUAAGGCUCAGCUUGUCCUCAGAUCUGAGAGUCGAAUUUAUGUUAAGUUGGAGAUAUCAGUGUUUCAACGAUCAGCACG